UCUAAAUUUAAGGGAAGUUCGGACAAGUAGGGAUCUUGAUAACGGGGAUUUUCCAGAGAGGGCUUCCUCCGCGAAUAUAUCGAUAACCGACGGUCCGUUGCGCGCCCCCGCCAGAUGUGCCCAUCGAUAGUUUAUUGGCCCACCCACUAACUGAUGUUGGAACAAAUAACGAGAAAAACCAAAUUACUUUCGUAGUGCGAAGCGAAACCACGAUUGAUCACGAUUGAUGCCGAGAUUGGAGGAGACUUGAUGUCUGCGCUAGCGCCGCCAAUGCCCUCAAUGAAGAACGCGCUCGGGCAGCCGGACAACUACAAUAGUGCCUCCACGGGAACUGGGACGUCCGAGGAGGAGGCGUCGUCCGCGUUCCACGCGGAGUUCGACCGCGUUUUGCGGAACAACAAUGGCAACAACCAGGGAAACGAUGCCAGCAGCGGUAGUGGGAGUGUCAGUGUAUCUGGGUCCGCAUCCGCAUCCGGAUCCGGAUCUGGAGGCAGUGAGUCCAUGCUGUCGCUGGGCGGGAACAAGACGCACGAGUCUGCGCAGACGUUCGGCAAUACGCUGGUGCUGCGCACCAUGCACCACGACAUGUCCAUGUCGAUGGGAAUGGGUGUGGGGAUGGGGCCGCCCAAGGGGCAGGUGAUGACCCCGAAUCAUCGCAAGGUGUUCCAGUGCAAAGGUGAUCCCGUCAACGUGUCGGCCAACGGUGAGGAUCUGCGCCUAUCCAAGAUCAUACGCCGCCUGAGCAACGAGUCCAAUCCCGCCGUGGCCUUGGAGUUGUGCGCCAAACUGGACCAGGCCGUGCGCACGCCCAUCAACCAGGGCUACAUGUCCUGCUCGUUCGUGUGGAUCCUGGAGAACAUGCUCACCCUCUACAAGCAGUGCUCGCCCGCCGUUCUCGACGAGUGCAGCAAGACGCUCGGCCUGAUUGGUUACAUCAACCGCAAGUCGUACCCCAUCUACGAGGAGUUCAUCGUGGUGAACUACCGGAGCUGCCGCCGGAUGCAGCGCUACCUGAUCGUGGCCCUGCGCACCACUCUGAGCUGCGACACCAAGGGCGAACUGCAUGUGUACGCCGACAAGAUUAUGCUGCUGCUGAAGGACUUCCUGGAGAAUGCCGAGAGCGCGGACAACUUCACGGCCGUAAGCAACACGCUGGUGCAGUUCUCGGCCAGCUAUCGUGAGGCCUUCGAGUGCCACUUUACCGACGUGGUGGACAUCAUCAUCGGUUGGCAGCUGGAGGCGGGCCAGCCCGUGCAGCUGCGGGCCCACUGUGCCCAGGUGCUGGAGCAACUGACGCCGUAUUUUAGCAAGCAGAUCGAGUUCAGCUACGGCCUGUUGGCCCAAUUCGUGGAGGACAUCACCGGGCUGGAGGAGGAGGAUCCGGCGGAGCGAGUGGCGGAGCGAAUGGGCGCCCUUGUGGGCGCCUUCAAUACACUGCUCAAGUGCCUGGCCCGCAUGCAGAUAUUCGUGGGCAUGCCCACCUGUGAGUGCAUCGUCCAGCUGGCCGUGGAUCACCUGACCAAGAUAAUGGUGCCGCCCAUGCACUCCGAUGCCCAUGUGAACAUCAACGAGCUGCUCUGCAUCUGCCUGCUAAACAACUUUGGCGGCCUGGAUCCGAGCACCUUGGAGCACCUGCUGCUGGCCCAGAUCGACCAGUUGGCCUGCCUGAGCGUUACCCAUCGCCAGAGCGUUCUGUAUCUGCUGCUCUGCACCGUGCGGCGACUGCGGGCACGUCUGCCGCCCAGCCUGGUGCACCUGAUCUUCCACCAGUCCAGUUCGUAUCUGGCGGAGGUGCGCCGUCAAACGCCGGGCGGCAUUGAAUACAGGCUGCUGUUGCGCACCUGCCAGGAGACACUGCUCAUCCGGAACGUGCCCCUGCUGCAGCAGGCGUACAAGCACCUUGUUGACGACAUCGACGCCUGUAUGCUGCAACUGCUCUCGACUUCACCACCAAUGGACGGCAUACAGAAGGAGAGACAGGAGGAGCAGGAGGAGGAGGCCGAACGGAGGGCCGGCGAGGCGGGCGUGUUGCUCGUCUUCCAUCUGGCCGCCUUGGCUGCGUUGGCCAAGCAGACCUCCUCCAUUAUCGGCAUGUACGCCUGCAAGCCCUCGAUUCUGGAGCUGCUGCUCACCAACUGCCGGGCCGACGAGCUGACGCUAUGGAGCCGCUAUCCGGCCGCCCAUCAGGCCAUUUUGGGUCUGCUGGUGGUGCACUGCCAGGCGAAUCACAAUUUCCGCACCAACUCCAGCCUGCUGCGCGACCAGGAGCUGGCGGCGGAGAACACCUCACCGACGGCCAAUAGCUUUGCCAGCAUUCUCCGAUUUCUGGACUCGGUGCUGCAACAGGCUGGCCAGCUGGCCACCCACAAUCUGAGGCUAUUGCUGCAGUGGACGCAGCAGCUCCUCAGCGAGUGUCGCGAGAAGGCCGAUCUGCUCCUGGAGCAGGAGCACUUCGUGGGCAUUUGUCGGCACAUGGCAGCAGCCGCCUCCAAGUGGACGCCCCAGGAGAGUGCGGCCUGCAUCCAGACCGUUUUGGCGUAUGGCCCCGAGAGGCUGGGCCAUCUGCCCGACCUGCUGAUCCUGUACCGCGACACGGCACUCCAGCAGCUGCAGGUGCUCUCCCCGAAUGGUCAUGCACCCUAUGCCCAGAUCUAUGCCCAGUUGCCACUCCACUUGACCCUCACGGGCGCUGAAUCAUUGACAGCCGGCAUGGCGAGCCGACGUGUGUGCGUUUGGCAGCAGCGGAUGAGUCAGUGCAGCGCCGUGCGCGACACCGUCUUCCGGGACUUCUUCGAGCGCCUGCAGAGGCCGGAGCAGGAGUCGCUGGCGCACAGUGUGCGGGAGCUGUUCGUGCGCAGCUGCCAGGUGGCGUCGCAGGACGAGCGGCAGGAGAAGCUGUCGCAGUGCACGAAGCGCUGCCAGCGCUUGGCCACCGCAUGGCUGCAGUUCGAGGCAGCCAGGUACUGUGUGGACCAGCGCCUGCGAACGACGCUGGGCAAGCCGCAGGAGACGUUCCUCGGGUUCGAGGCCAUCAUCAUGCGCCACGCCCGACUCCUGAGUGGCUGUGCCAAGGAGCUGGAGCGCUCCGCCCUCGAUGGCCUGUCGCUGGAGCAGUUCGUCAGCAUGCAGGGCAAUCUCGGCCUGCUCCUAGGCUUCCUCGACGCCCUCGAGAAGCUCAUCUACAAUGCCGCCGAGGGCAGCGCCUUUGCCCUGCGUCCGCCGGAGAAGCCAGUGGCCGCCUUCUUUCGCCUGAACAACCCCACCUGCCAGUCGUGGUUCAAUCGCAUCCGCAUCGGCGUGGUCAUCAUUGCCAUGCAUGUGCAGCAGCCGGAACUGGUCAUACGCUAUGCCCAGCAAAUCCUGCUCACGCAGAAGACGCAAGAUGCCACCUACAGCCAGGCCAUUGUGUACAUGGCCUGGGCGUGGGUCAGUUGCCAGGAGGCGGACUCCCUGCGCGGCCUGUGCCUGUGGGCUCGCUCCAGGAGCAGCAAGUCCUACCAGUGGCUCUGCUGUGCCGCGGAUCAGGCGGCCGGCAAAUUGGAAUCGGCACUGGCCGGCUACCGGAGCAUUUUGGCCGAGGAGGAGGAGCGGCAGCAGCAGAAGCAGCAACCGGAGUUGGAGCCGCACACGCGACAGUUUGUGGUGGCCCAGAUGAUGCAAUGUUUGCAGGACCUGGGCCAGUGGUCGCAGCUGGUGGAGCUGAAGCAGCAGCAGCUGACGCGACCCGAGGACCGGGAACUGAAUCCCUUCCUGCAGCGCAGCAACGUGGAGGUGAGUGCCCUGGAACGGCUGCUGGCCAAGGGAGAGGAGUCGUAUGCUUCGUCCAUGGACGACUUCAGCGGAGCCCUGCAGCAGUUGAGUCUGUGGCCCAGUGACUGGGACGGAUCUGGAUCUGGAUCUGGAUCCGGAGGUGGAUGUGGCUCCUCAGGUGGACGUGGCAGCUUCUCGUCCGUCCAUGUGAGCCAGCGAACCGAGGACAUGGUGCUGCAGAAGCUGAUGGAGGACCGUUGCCUGCCCGAUCAGGCCAGGAAUCUGCUGGAUGUGCAGUGGCGUGACAGCCUGCUGAACCCCAGCUGUGACCAGAGAUCCUGGCGUGAGCUCACGCUUCUGCGGCACAUUGUCCAGGGUGUGAGUGGCGGCCAGGAGUUGUGCCUGCUGCCGCUGAAUCCCGCGGAGAGGUGCCAAAGUCGCUCGAAUCCCAUUAACAGUGCCAUUCUAAUGCGUUGCCUGGCCUGGACGCAGUUGCUCCGCCAGCACUGUGCCCCCGGCAGCUGGGAAACGCUUUGCUUGGACGCCGCUGCCGCAGCUCGAGAGGAGGGAAACCUACAGCUCGCCGAGAGCAUGCUGGCCCAAUUCUUUGGCCAGCCACUGGAGGAGAUUGCCGCACAGUUUGCGGCACAGGAGCAGGGUGUGCCCACGGAGAGUCCAGAGUUGCUGCGUGGCUACAGUGAGCUGGUCAAGUGCCUGCAUGUGCAGCAGUCGCAGUGCGGCGACCUCAGCUCCUCCGUCGAUGUGUGUGCCGCGCUCUGCCUGAACAUCCAGCGGAGCAGUCAUCACCCGGAAGUGGGUGCGGAUCUGUUGCUCAACCUGUCCGACUGGAUAGCCGCCAGGACGUGCAAUGGCCUGGCCACCGGCCAGUCGCCAGCCCUGCUCCAACUGCUGGACCAGCUGCCCGAAUGCCCGCUGACCUGUGGCCCGCGGGCCAGCCAACCGCUGGCCAUACCGCAGGCGGAGCGCCUGGUGGCCCGCCUCAUCCAUGCCAGCCUACAGCAGCGUCCCCACUGCGAGGCGGUGAUCGCCUACGGCAACUGGUGCUAUCGCUGGGGCAAGAAGAUCGUCGACAGUGGCUGUGUGCUCACCCAGGCGGACGUGACGGCCCUCGGCCAGGUCCUGGACACCGCCCAGCCGCUGGACAACGACCAGCUGGGCGAACUGCUGCAGGCACUCAGCAUGGAGCAGCCGCCGGCCAACUGUGCGGAGGUGUGUCCGGAGGCGACGCGUGCCCGGGACGACGAGGCGGCCAGAAACUGCCUGCGCCGGCUCACCCUACUGGCGGAUAAGUCACCGGACGUGCUGGAUGCCGUCCUUCAAAUUUGGCGGCGGGCCAUUGCCAACACAUAUGAUUACUACAAGGAUGCGGCACGCUCGUACUUUCAGUAUCUCAGUUUGAAAUCGGGAUCGGUUUCGGUUUCGCUUUCGGGAUCGGAAUCGGGAUCGAGGGAGAAGACAGCAGAAGGAGGAGGAGGCAAAGAACGUUACCAUGUGGAUGACAGCAAUCUGGUGACCACAACGCUGCGACUGCUCCGGCUGAUUGUGAAGCAUGCCAGCGGACUGCAGGAGGUGCUGGAGCAGGGACUGCAGACGACGCCGAUAGCGCCGUGGAAGGUGAUCAUACCGCAGUUGUUCAGUCGCCUCAAUCACCACGAGCCGUAUGUGCGGAAGAGCGUGUGCGACCUGCUUUGCCGUCUGGCCGAGAGUCGCCCCCAGCUGGUGAUCUUCCCAGCCGUUGUGGGCGCCAAUCGGGAGGAGCAGCAACAGCAACAGCAGCAGCAGCAGCUUGAUGCAGCAGUGGCGCCCAGCACGGAGGAUGCCUGCUGCUAUGGCUAUCUGCUGGGUGAGCUCUCCAAGCAGGCGCCCGAGGCAGUGCAGCAUGUGCAGCUGAUGGUCAAGGAGCUGCGCCGCGUGUGCCUGCUGUGGGACGAGUACUGGAUCCACUCGCUGGCCCACAUCUACAACACGUACGUGAGCCGGGUGAGUGCGUUGGCCACCGAAUUCCGGGCCGACGACCACGAGGGCAAGAACAAUCGCUUCAAUGUGUGGCGGCCGCAGCUGCUGGCCGACCUGGAGCACCUGGCCGCGCUCACCGCCCGUCCGGCGGAGACCAGCUACGAGCGCAGCUUCCGCAAGCGCUUCGAUGGACCCAUACGCUCCACCCUGGACGCGUUGCGCACCCGCCGCUAUCCGGAGGCGUGGGACAAGCUGAAGCAGCUCUACCACAUCCUGCAGUCGAACAUGAUACGCGGCACGGGCAGCACCCUCAAGAUGCAGAGCCUCAGUCCGGUGCUCUGUGGCAUCGGACGCAUGCGCAUCUCCAUGCCGGGCCUGGACGCCCAUGGGCAGGACGCGGAUCAGGUGUACAUCGAGAGUGUCGAGGGCUCUGUGUGCGUGCUGCCCACCAAGACGAAGCCCAAGAAGGUGGCCUUCUACGGCAGCAAUGGCCAGCGCUACACGUUCCUGUUCAAGGGCAUGGAGGAUCUGCAUCUGGACGAGCGCAUCAUGCAGUUCCUGUCCAUCUCGAAUGCCAUCAUGGCCUGUCGCAGCGAUGCCCCCGGCAAUGGAUGCUAUCGUGCGCAUCACUACUCCGUGAUCCCGUUGGGCCCACAAUCCGGAUUGAUUAGCUGGGUGGACGGAGUCACACCGCUCUUUGCGCUCUACAAGAAGUGGCAGCAGCGACAGCCGCCCCAAGUCACCGGAAAAUCAGGAGCAGGCGGUGCCGUAGUCAAUGCCAAUGCCACGCGACGUUUCACGGAUCUGUUCUACAGCAAACUGUCGCCGCUGCUGGCCAAGCACAAUCUACUGGUGAGCGAUCCACGCCGCCAGUGGCCCAUCUCCGCCCUGCGCCAGGUGCUCGCCGAGCUGUCGCAGGAAACGCCCGGCGAUCUGCUGGCCCGCGAACUGUGGUGCCAGGCGGGCAACGCCGCCGAGUGGCGGCAAUCGGUGCGGCGGUAUGCCCGCUGCAUGUCGGUCAUGUCGAUGAUUGGCUACGUCAUUGGACUGGGCGAUCGGCACCUGGACAACGUGCUCAUCAACCUGGGCAGUGGCGACAUCGUGCACAUCGACUACAACGUUUGCUUCGAGAAGGGACGCACUCUGCGCAUCCCCGAAAAGGUGCCCUUCCGUCUCACCCAGAAUCUUGUGCACGCAAUGGGCAUCACCGGAAUCGAGGGCUCCUUCCGGCUGGGCUGCGAAUAUGUGCUGAAAGUGAUGCGAAAGGAGCGGGAGACCCUGCUGACCCUGCUGGAGGCCUUCGUCUACGAUCCCCUGGUCGACUGGACCAUCAACGACGAUGCCCAGGCCCUGCGACGAUCCCUGAAUGCCAAGCAAGGAGCUGGCGGAGCAGCAGGUGGCCCCGGUUGCGGAGAACUCAAGUGUCACAAGAAGGACAAGAACAAGACAAAGAUCCACGAUUGGGAUGCCAAGCGGCAGCACUUCCUCAGCAAAUUGGGUGUUCUGCAAAAGUACUGGGCCACCAACAAGACGGACAUGAUGCUACAGCUGCAGGAGAUGAACCACGAGAUGGGCAACCUGCAGGCGGCGCAGACCAAGCAACUGGCGGCCGAGCAGGAGCUGGUGGAGCUGAACCAGCGGAGCGCCCUCGUGUCGGAGAUCAAGUCGCUGGGCACGGCGAUGGAGAGUCACAGCUUCAACACGGCCUCGCUCCGUCAUGCGGUGCGUCGCGGCCACUCGGAGGCACUGGCCGCACUGAGCGCGGAGCGCCUGGCGGACUUUAACCAGGUGCAGUGCCUCCUGGGCACCUACGGCCAGUGUCUGCAGCCGUACCACCUGACCGAACUGCACUCGCAGCUGGUGCAGUGGCAAAUGGAGGCGGAGAACGAUGGUGAAUGCAUGGAGUCGACUGCCUUGGCGGAGGCACUGCCGCUAGCCGGUUACGCCGGCAUGCGUGGCCAGUUGGAGGAGCUAAUGGGCCGGCUGGUUGUGGUGGCCCUGCAGAGCACAGAGCACCUGCAGCAGUAUGCGGCGGUGAUGAACUUCUUCCCGGAACAGAGCCACCGGCAGAAUCUGUUCGUUCGCUUCCACGACAGCUUCGGGGCGUACAUCCAGCAAAGCGGCGGGGCCAUGGACUCGUCGGGCAGCAAUGCCCAUUCGCCAUCCGGUUCGAUUAUCUGCACGGCCGACGUCCUGGGCGUGGCCGAUGCCCUGGAGUCUGCCUGGAUGCGGCUCAGUUGCCAGCUGCACGACGCCACGCAGCGCUAUGCCGCCAAACAGGCGCAGGCCCUCAACCUGGGUGCCCCGCCCACUUCCGCCCUGCUGGCCAUGAUCGGCCAGAGCGGCUGCAGCCUGCUGCUGCUGCAGGCCAGUUUGGUACGCACCCUGGACCGAGCUGGCGGAGCAUUCGCCGCCUACGAACAGGUGGCGCUGGCCAGCCAGGAUGAGGAGCUGCUGCAGCACCAGCUGCACUUCAUCCACCUGGUGCGCUCCAUGUGCCAGGGUGUGCUGGCCCUGGCCGAGCAGGAGGAUCUGCAUCUGGGCCAAAUGGAGAGCCUGCUGGCGGCACUGUCGCAUCUCAAGCAGAUGUUCGAGUACGAUCUGCCGGCCAGCAUAUAUCGGCUGCUGUUGCUGCAGCCCAAUCUUGGCCAGCUGAGCGCCUUGUGCCACCUAAGUGCCUCCAGUCUGGGCCAACUGUAUUUGGAGGCCACGCUCGAGAAGGAGCACCAGCCGGCUGAGGAGUUCCCGGCGGAGUGCAGAUUCCUUCUGUCGCUGCAGCCCGCCUACGAGCAGUUCCAACUGGCGGCCAGCUCCUUGGCCUCGUUGGUGCGGAGCGUCAAGAUGAUGCUCGAGGAUGCCCAUGAUUCGCAGGUCCAGCAGUUAAUGGAACUGGGCCUUCUCAAGUCUGGCCAUGUGGAGCUGGACGACGAGUGCUUCUUCGGACUGGUCAGUGAGGCACUGGAGUCCAGCCGCAGUUGUGAUGUGCAUGAAAUGGCACGACCCGUGCUGGGCCUCGUCCAACGCCUCCAGGCGGAGAGUCUGGCUGGCCUGCUGCCGCUCCUGGCGCGCAACUUCUACACCGCCGUGGGACCGCAAUGCCAGCCCACUGCCACCUGCGGCGUCCUGGGCGACGCAGCUCAGGCGGAUCACCUGUGCGAGGGUCUGUUCAUCUCGCUGCAAUCGGAUGGCGGACUGCAGCAGCAGCAGGCGGAGAUGGCGCUGCUCAACCAGCAGCUGGAGCUGCACACCCUGGCGGCAUCGGCCCAGCACUGGGCCUAUUCGGAGGCCCUGGGAGCGCAGUUGCGCUGCGGCCACCACAUCGUCAGUCGCCCCAAGCUGGCCGCCAUCGUUGGCGAGGUCUGGCAGGAGCUGGACCAGAGCCUGGCUAGCCUGCAGCAUCUAGAGGCUGGCCUGGGCUCCCUGGUCGAGCAGUUGCAGCCGCAGCGCAGCAGCUGGAAACGCAGUCACAUCGAGAGCUUGCUGCGCAUGGAGCAGGCUCGCAGCCACCGGGUGGCCGGCCUGGUGGCGGUGGUGCGCCAGCUGGCGGAUGCGGCCAGUGCUGUGUCCCGGCUGGAGCAGCAUGCCGGAGCCCUCGGCGAGGAGGGGCUGGUGCAGGUGGACCAUCUGGAGCAGUGGCUGGCCGCGCACGGCCAGUGGCAGGCGAGCAGCUCGCGAAUCAGCGCCGUGGAGCAGGCCGUGGUGGAACUACUGGACCCCGAGGGCGCCAUCGAUCCCUAUUGGCUGGAGAAUGUGCACGGCUUGCUGGAGGAGCACACGUGCAAGGUGCAGCGUGAGAUUGCGGCCCUGGAAGGCGAACAGCAGAGCAAGCAUCGCUUCAUCUGCACUCUGCUCAAGGAGACUCUGCGCCUGCAGGACAACAUGCCGCGCUUCCAUGUGCGCAGCCUGUGCUCCGAUGCCCAGGCCCAGGCGCAGGGUCAGGGUCAGGGCAAACUGGUGCCCACCGAUGUGCAGCUGCUUGGCGGCCACUUGCGCGACUGCCAGCGCCUGCUGCAUGCCCUCUUCCAGCGGCUGCAGGAUCUGCGCAAGGAUCUGUGCGCCGAGCGGCGAGGAGGAUCGCUCCAGCCCGCCACGUUGCAAAGCUGGCGACAGCAGCUGCAGCUCAUACUGCUGACGGCCAGCCAGGAGGUGAACGAGUUCUUCAAGAGCAUGGACGACUUCCUGCAGCACGCAGCCGAAACGGACUCCUACGAGACCUUCACGCACUCCAAAGGUGCCAGCAAUCUGCACGAGCAGAAGCGCAAUGCUUACGGCGUGUCCGUGUGGAAGAAGAUACGGAUGAAGCUGGAGGGCCGCGACCCAGAUGCCAACCAGCGCAGCUCCGUCGCCGAGCAGGUGGACUAUGCCAUUCGCGAGGCCACCAAUCCGGACAAUCUGGCCGUGCUCUACGAGGGCUGGACGCCGUGGGUCUAGGCCUCCACAGUGGUCGGCCGCAUUUUGGGCUUUUGACAUCACCACGCAUCACAACUCGGAGCGUAUAGACUACAUUCAACAUUGGGGCGACCUCUGGACCGAAUCGAAUCGGAUCGGAUCGGAUCGGAUCUCUGGUCCUCCAACGGACCAGAAGCAGUCGCAUUGCAGUCGCCUGACGGCAGACCGACUCGACUCCCCAAUGAAGGCCGUGGCGGAACCAAUUUGGCCACCGCCGCCAAAUCCCAACCAAGUGUAGUUGCAUAAACGAUAGGAAACGGAAACGGAAAGGGAAACGGAAACGGAAAGGGAAACGGAAAGGGAAAAGGAAGCGAAACGACAGACAGACGGACGCGGAGAUUUGUCGGACCGGACCGGACCCCGUGCUCCCUCGGAUCGCAUUCCUUCGAAGUGGACAAAACGAGUAACUGGUCGGAUGCCGGAUCGCCAGCAGGAGUAGCAAAAGUAGCAACAGCAGUUGCAGCUCACAUAGCUCCCGAUUCGCUAUUUAAAACGAUCUGGGCCUUACGACGUAAUCGGAGGUUUCAGAUUUUCAAAUUACGUUUUCCGGUCUCAGCCUUUUGCCACUCGCAAUCCUUCCUUUUGUUUUUGUACGACUUUUUUAUAUGCGAUUCGAUUAUGCACUAUAUAUUCAAUUACGCCGUGCCGGAUCUGUUUAAUUGUGUGUUAAGCCAAUCUUAGUUUUUUUUCCCCCCUUUUACUUUAGUGCAAUUUCUGUAAGUGUGUAAGCCGAUUGAAUUGUGUCUCCAAAUUAUUAAAUCUGUAGCAAUAUUAAAACUCUAUAUAUACAAACCCCUAUAUAACCGAGAUAUCCACGCCGCCCAUUCUCGUUUUAAUUAUUUCAAUAAACGCAAUGCUGAAUACAAA